AUGUUUCUAGACAUUGAGGCAGGCGUUACCGACAAAGAAGAGGAAGAGCAAGGAGAACUUGAAGACAAGGACAAACACAAGCACGAGGAGCAAAUCUACAAUGAUGUUGAGUUGUACGAGGCAGUUACACGACAUUCUCAACUCAUGCGAACCAUCGAUGACACCGGUGAAGACUUCUGGGAAGACAUCCUAGCACAAGUGAGGCAACAAGGGCGAAGUUCAUCGGUGAUGGAGACAUUCAACAAUCAGGAGGACAUGAGACUACAAGAGAACGAUAUGAUCUUCGAGAUUGGGUGUCUAGUUGGCCAUGAGGAAAGUGUUGCAUUCAAGGUUCUUUCUCUGGCGACACACCCAACCUUUCCUCAAACUUUGGCUCCUUCAAUUGUUGUGCGAAGCACGAUUCCUGGCUGCAUCUACACUGAGGUUGAUGAUAUGACUCAAGCCCGUGCGCUCGCCCACCGAAUUCCAGAGCUCAACACAAACAACAUCUGCCCCGUCUCGUUGGAUGAGUGA